AUGGCGAACCGUACGGUAAAAGAUGCGCACAGCAUCCACGGCACCAACCCUCAGUAUCUGGUGGAGAAAAUCAUUCGGACGCGAAUUUAUGAGUCCAAAUACUGGAAAGAGGAGUGCUUUGGACUUACAGCUGAACUUGUAGUUGAUAAAGCCAUGGAGUUAAGAUUUGUGGGUGGUGUCUACGGUGGCAACAUAAAGCCCACUCCUUUUUUGUGUUUAACCUUGAAGAUGCUUCAGAUUCAACCUGAGAAGGAUAUCAUUGUAGAGUUUAUAAAAAAUGAAGAUUUCAAGUAUGUCCGCAUGCUGGGAGCACUUUACAUGAGGUUGACAGGUACUGCAAUUGAUUGCUACAAGUACUUGGAGCCUCUGUACAAUGACUAUCGAAAAAUCAAGAGCCAGAACCGAAAUGGAGAGUUUGAGCUGAUGCAUGUAGAUGAAUUUAUUGAUGAACUACUGCACAGUGAGAGAGUCUGUGAUAUUAUUCUGCCCCGGCUACAGAAACGCUAUGUGCUGGAGGAAGCUGAGCAGCUGGAGCCGCGGGUUAGCGCUCUGGAGGAAGACAUGGAUGACGUGGAGUCCAGUGAAGAGGAGGAAGAGGAGGAUGAGAAGUUGGAAAGAGUGCCAUCACCUGAUCAUCGCCGGAGAAGCUACCGAGACUUGGACAAACCCCGUCGCUCUCCCACACUACGCUAUCGGAGGAGUAGGAGUCGGUCUCCCAGAAGGCGGAGUCGAUCUCCCAAAAGGAGGAGCCCCUCCCCUCGCCGAGAACGGCAUCGGAGCAAGAGCCCAAGACGUCAUCGCAGCAGGUCCCGAGACAGGCGGCACAGAUCCCGUUCCAAGUCCCCAGGUCAUCACCGCAGUCACAGACACAGGAGCCACUCAAAAUCUCCUGAAAGGUCUAAGAAAAGCCACAAGAAGAGCCGGAGAGGGAAUGAGUAA